GUCUAUGGUUUAACGAACGGAUACAACUAAAAUGUCUGAUGAAGUGUCGUUGCAAACUUACAUGUGGUAUUGAAUUUCAUGUAUUUAUAACAAAGUGUAUUGUUGAAUUGUUCAUGUUUCGAAAUAUUUCAGUAUCAUCAAUGUGCCUAUGUGAUAAAUUCACGAUCAAACAAAUACGCUCUUAAGUCUAAAGUAAUGCACAACGUGAUAACGUGGUAAAAAAGUCUUAUAAAGUGAUUUCGAGGAAAAUGGAUUUCAGUGAUGUGAUAUCCGUUGCACAGAAGAACAAAACCCAGAAACAGGCUGUUCCAUGCUAUCAAACAAAAUUUACACCAAUAAAAAAACAGGUUAAACAACCGAAAAAUUUAUCUGCAGAUAUUAAAAAGUUUGUAGCUCGAAAAAAAGAAGAGGAGAAACAGAAGGCCUUGGAAGAGAAAAGAAAAAAAGAGAAUCUUUUCGCUUUACGAGAUCGUAAGGCUCAAAGUCGGAUAAAUAAACACUUGAAAGUAUGUAAAUCAGCAAAUAAAUCGGUGCUUGCAGAUGCAAUUGAUAAUGAAAAUACAGCUAUUACUAUAGCAGGUCCAUCUCAGCCAGACGAAGAUGAUUAUGGAUAUGUAUCACAAGAAGCUGUUGCACUUUACGAUCAGUUUAUGAAUAAAUAUAAUAAACUACCUCCAGAGAAACCUAUAUUUAGCAACACUGAAAAAAGAUCAAUAAAUGAUAUUGCAUCUACAAAGGAUAGGCUAAAGCAAGCUUUUAAACAACAAGAACUUAGUGGGACUGAUGGACAUAGGCGAAAAAGAAAAACAAUUUCUUCGGAUGUAAGGGAGCCUGAAGCAGAUGAAAAAACAGAAGUAAACAAAAUCAAAGAAGAAGAGAAGGACGAGAAGCCGAAACUGAAAAAGAAGUCACUACCGCCGCCUAUAGGUUACGCAGAACUGAUAAAACUAGCGGAGAAAAAACAACAUGAACCGGUGAUCAUAGAAGUUAAACCAAAAGAUGAAGAAUUAAGGCCAAUGACAAAGCGUCAACAACAAGAAUAUAUAAGAGAAAAAGAAAGAAAAGAACAACGUGAGAAAAAUUCAGAGACAAUUAAAAAAUCGAGCAUUGUAAAUGCACCUAGUAGACCUGCUAAAAUACAGUCGAAUAAAAUUCUAAAAACUAGUGAGAAACCUAUAACACCAAACUCAAUACCGGAUAAAAGUAUUCUGAGAACUGCGUUAACUACUCCUAAAAAAGUUAAUAACAAAUUCAACGAUAAACAUAACUCAGAGAAAACUGAUUCAAGCAAAUGUCCAUCUAAGGAUGAAUUAUUAGAAGAAAAGAAGAAAUUAGAAGCCGAGAGAAGACAAUUGGAAAAAAUGCGUCGUAUUAUCGAAGAAGAAAAAAAGAAAUUGACGCAAAGUCGAAAUAAGCAGGAGGAUGUGAAAUGCCAAACAAAGUUUUCUAAUAAAGUACCAUCGAAACCUAAAGUCGCGGAUAAACAGAUAUCAUACAAAGAUGUUAAAUCAUUUGCUGAUUUAAAGUUACAAUCAUCGUUAACUAAUGAUAAACCGAAGCAAUUUCCACCGUCUGAUGUUAGGCUCAUAAAACAUAAGCAGAAUGUUAAAAAAUCUGCACUUAAUAAACGACGCAUAUAUGACGAUUGUGAAGAUUAUGAUUCAGACAUUAAUGAUUUCAUAGAUGAUGGACCGGAAGAAGACAAUGAAGAUUAUAGUAAACACAUCAGCGAAAUCUUUGGUUAUGAUAAAAGUAAAUAUAGGCAGGUUGAUGAUGAGGAUGAUAUUGCUAUGGAGAGUAAUUUUGCGCAGCAACUUAAAGAAGAAUAUGUAUCUACGAAAAUAGGGAUUAUGGAAGAUUUAGAAGAUAUGCGUAUAGAAGCAUUGGAGAAGAAGAAAAAAGAAGAAAAAAGAAGUUUUUUAAAAAAGAAGAUGAGAAAAUAAUAACAUUGAUUCUAACUUUUGUUUAUCUGAUUCUUAUUGAUUCUUAUUGUUAAAAGAAUACAUACAUUUGUUUAAAAAAAUAAUUAAAUUUUUCUAUUAUAUAGAUAAUAAAUAAGAAAUUUAUGUUACAUAUUCUUUAUUAUAUAUUCAGGUUGUUUAACACAUCUCGAUCGCUCGCGUGCAGACAGAAUUCAUUUAACUAAAUAGGAAUGUCUUUUAUUACUUUGUAAAAAACCAUGAUAAUUAUCGAGAUAUUGGUUAAAAGAGACUCGCAAGUUAGUGCGAAGAUAUAUGUUGUGUUGAAUAACCUGUAUAGAGUAUAUACAUAUAUAGUAAUACAAAAAAUAUAUAAAUUAUAAUUUAAUACACACAGGCUGUUUUAUAACUACUAAUAUAAAUAGGAGAGCAGGAGAGGACGGGGGUGAUACUACAUGAAACCAUGAUAAUUAUCGAGAUAUUGGUUAAAAGAGACUCGCAAGUUAGUGCGAAGAUAUAUAUUGUGUUGAAUAACCUGUAUAGAGUAUAUACAUAUAUAGUAAUACAAAAAAUAUAUAAAUUAUUGGGUGUACAACUUAA